AAUGGGAGGUGUGGCUGCUGUGUAGGAUGCCUGUCUUCCCAUUCUCCACCGGCUGGCUGCACCUUGGCGUGGGGCGGGGCCAAGCUUUCUCAGUGGGGCGGAACGGGUCAGGGCAGGCUGCGUCCUAUCCUCCUACCCCUGAGAUUAACCCGGAACUAACAGGUUCCUUUGGGAAGGCCUCGGAGCCGGAUAAGGAGUGGGACUUGAACUGUGAGUGCAAGCCCCCGAGCCAGGCUUUAGACAGGGAGAUCCUCCUAGUCCCCAGACGAGGUGUAUCCUCGGCAGGAGGUAGCACGUUUGUGCAAAGCGUCGGCAGCCACAGCAGCAGAACUAUGGCGCCCCCGAGGAACGUGGUGAAGAUCGCCGUUCAGAAGGCUGACGCCAUCCCACAGCUUAUCCAGCUAGACCAGGCAAAGCCCCUGGCCACUGUGCUGAAGGAGGUGUGCGACGCGUGGAACUUGCCUCACUCCGAGAGCUAUGCCCUAAAGUUUGCUGAUGGGCACAAGAGAUACAUCACCGAGAAUAACCGCAUGGAGAUCAAGAAUGGAAGCAUCCUGUGCCUCAGCAUUGCCCCAGACCUGGAGGCGCAGCAAGUGCUGGGCGGGCUGCAGAGUACAAGUCGUGAAGGGUGCUACCGGGCCCUGAAAAACCUGGUUCCUCUGGCCUCAGACAUGACCUUUGCCCAGGAGGUCAUCAGCCGUGAUGGGCUUCAGAGACUAAGCACCAUCAUUGAAAACGGGGAUGAUCUAGGGGAGAUGCUGGCCCUUGGUCUAAUGGCAUUCUUGGAGCUCAUGGAACACGGUGUUGUAUCCUGGGAGACACUCAGCAUGCCCUUUGUCAGGAAGGUGGUAUCUUAUGUGAACAUGAACCUGAUGGAUGCCUCUGUGCAGCCCUUGGCCCUCAGGCUGCUGGAGAGCGUGACUUUGGGCAGCCCUGCCCUGGGCCAGCUGGUGAAGAGUGAGGUGCCACUGGAUAGGCUGCUGGUGCACCUGCAGGUAAUGAACCAACAGCUGCAAACCAAGGCUAUGGCGCUGCUGACAGCCCUGCUGCAGGGGGCCAGCACUGCUGAACGUAAGCACAUGCUUGACUACCUAUGGCAGAGGAAUCUUCGCCAGUUCAUCUACAAGAAUAUCAUCCACAGUGCAGCACCCAUGGGUGAUGAGAUGGCUCACCACUUGUAUGUGCUUCAGGCUCUUACACUGGGAUUGCUGGAGCCACGCAUGCGGACACCACUUGACCCCUACAGCCAGGAACAGCGGGAGCAACUACAGGCCCUGCGCCAGGCAGCCUUUGAACCAGAGGGGGAGUCCAUGGGCACAGGACUGAGUGCUGACCGCCGUCGUUCUCUCUGUGUUCGAGAGUUCCGAAAGCUAGGCUUUUCUAACAGCAACCCAGCCCAGGACCUGGAGCGUGUGCCCCCUGGUCUGCUGGCCCUGGACAACAUGCUCUACUUCUCCAGACACGCACCUAGUGCAUACAGUCGGUUUGUGCUGGAGAACAGUAGCCGAGAGGAUAAGCAUGAAUGUCCCUUUGCCAAGAGCAGCAUCCAGCUGACAGUGUUGCUGUGUGAGCUGCUUCAUGUUGGGGAGCCUUGCUCCGAGACAGCCCAGGACUUCUCACCCAUGUUCUUCAGCCAAGACCAUAGUUUCCAUGAGCUUUUCUGUGUGGCUAUCCAGCUGCUGAAUAAAACCUGGAAGGAAAUGCGGGCAACACAGGAGGAUUUUGACAAGGUGGGUGGAGUGGAAGCGGCAAGGCCACAGGGCGGGCGCCUCUGGAAAGGGGUCGUGAACACAGGUCCUACAUUUGGGUGGUCCCAGGUAAUGCAGGUGGUACGGGAGCAGCUAGCCCGGACGCUGGCUCUGAAGCCCACCUCCCUGGAGCUCUUCCCCACCAAAGUGAACGCUCUCACCUAUGGGGAAGUGUUGAGGCUGCGGCAGACGGAACGGUUGCACCAGGAGGGCACUUUGGCCCCUCCUAUACUUGAGUUGCGGGAGAAGCUGAAGCCAGAGCUUCUGGGCCUAAUUCGACAGCAGCGUUUGCUCCGACUCUGUGAGGGAAUGCUCUUCCGCAAGAUCAGCAGCCGGAGACGCCAGGACAAGCUGUGGUUCUGCUGUUUAUCUCCCAACCACAAAGUGCUGCAGUAUGGGGAUGUGGAGGAGGGUGCCAACCCACCCACCUUAGAGAGUCUACCUGAACAACUCCCUGUGGCAGACAUCAGGGCACUCCUAAUGGGCAAGGACUGCCCCCAUGUCCGGGAGAAGGGCUCUGGGAAGCAGAACAAGGACCUCUAUGAGUUGGCUUUCUCCAUCAGCUAUGACCAUGGGGAAGAAGAAGCAUACCUCAACUUCAUUGCUCCUUCCAAACGGGAUUUCUACCUGUGGACAGAUGGGCUGAGUGCCCUGCUGGGCAGCACCAUGGGCAGUGAGCAGACUCGGCUAGACCUGGAGCAGCUGCUUACUAUGGAGACCAAGUUGCGGCUGUUGGAACUGGAGAAUGUGCCCAUUCCCGAGCAGCCUCCCCCAGUACCCCCACCCCCUACCAACUUUAACUUCUGCUAUGACUUCAGCAUCAUUGAGCCUUGACUGAAGUUGGCUAUGGGUGACAGCUGGUGUUUCUGGAGCAACCAUAAAGAGGGGUAAAAAGCAUAGACAACCUGACUAACAGAGCCUCCAGCAGAAAUAAAGUUAGAUUGGCUUGUAGGUAUGUGUCAAAUCAGCUCUGAACCUGUGGGCUAAGCCUGGUGAUAAACAUGGACAUGUCUUCAAACAUAGUAAAUGAUGUAAAGGCACCAGGUAAGACCACACACUUGGACAGCUAGCUACCUUUGGAAGGCUGGUGUUGGGUGGAGACAGGUAGUGACUAUUGCCCUUCUUGAAAUAAGUCCUUAGCGUCCUCAGUUCUGACAUGAAGAGAGGGAUGAGGUAGCAGCCAAAGAUGAGAUUGGAAUGUUGGCCAACUAACAAGAGAAGUAGCAGGGGAGCAUAUAUUGCCCCAGAUUAAUACCUUCCUGGGCAUCAGCAACAGGGAUCUCUCUCAGAAGGUUCCUGAUAGUCUGCCCUCAUUUCUCAACCUUGCCCUUGUCCUCCACGGGAUGCAGAAACCUCUAAUGAGAGGCACAAGGGAGAGAUGCAAAGCUGAAGAGAAGGCUGUUAGCUCCAAAGGGGUAGAUUGGCACAGGAGAAUUUCACUCUAACCGUGAUCGUAUGUGAGGUGGUGAUCACAGACAAGCCAGAAUCUGGGGGCAGAAGUGCUGAGACAUAGUAGGUCCAGUUGGAGGCAACAGUCACAAACUCCAAAAGCCCCUAAGACAAAUAAUUCAGCAAUCCAGGACCCCACAGGGUAGGCUGAAAGCUACCACUACCCUAACUUUUACAUACCAUUCAUUACUCCUCAAAUACUGUGUUUAACAUGCUAUUCAUCAAUGUUGUGCCUUAAAAUUGAUUAAAAGUCAUUUCCUUUGGAGAAAGUACUAACAAAACACUUGACCCUACAAAAACAAAAAACAAAACAGCAGCAACAAAAAAACAACCCAACUACAAUUCUAAUCUUCAGAGUGUCCAUUCCUGGACACAGAGCCUUGCUACUACACUCAGAACAAACUUUUGAGUUUAUGUUGGAAACACAGGGUAGGGGUCCCAGUUGCAUUUAGUGUCCCAAUACAGUCAAUUCUCAGUAUUGCCAGUUACUUGUCCAUGCCACCACCAUCUUGGCAAUAACCCCCUGACUUCUGGCUUCUAGUCAUGCUCCUCUAGUCAUUUCAAUAGCUGCCACUUCAACAUUGCAAAUUCAAUGUGGUUAUAUACGCAUACAUACACCCUGUGGUGGUCUGAUUGAGAAUGGCCCCAUAGGCUCAUAGAUUUGAAUGUUUGGUCCCAUUUAGUGAAACUGAUUGGGAAGGAUUAGGAGGUGUAGCCUUUUUGAAGGAGGUAUGCACUGGGAAUGGGCUUUGAGGUUUCAAAAGGCCCUCUCUCUGCCUGCUGCUUAUGGAUCAGAAUGUAAGUAAGAUCUUAGCUACUGUGCUGGCAUCGUGUCUGCUUGUCACCAUACUCCCCACCAUGACAGUCAUGGCCUAAUCCUCUGUAUCUAUCUGUAAGCAAGCUCCCAAUUAAAUACCGUCCUUUAUAA